UUCGAUCGAACACAGAUGAAGAACCACUGCUUUAAUGUAAUACAGGAAAAAAAAUCCCUGCAUUUCUGCGUAAAGUCCACUGGGUGGCAUUAAAUGCAACACCGUGAGUGACUACAGAUUGACGCACAAACCAAAACAAACUCCAGUACUGUACAGUGUACACCAUCAGCGGUUCUUCGGAAAAUAUACUGGGCGCUCACAACAAAAAAGGAAAUGUCCCCCUCUCCGCCUCGCCUGUUUGCACUCUGUCGACGCGGAGGUUCGGUCGGCCUCUGGACCAGAACACUCGUACAAACAAGGGCUGAAGCGACCAAACUGAAGACCAUCGAUGACUUGCCCGGACCUACUUUGUCCAAAACACUUUUCUGGUUAUUUGUCAAAGGCUAUGCGGACAAAAGCCACUUGCUGCAGGGUGUACAGAAGAAUCUGUACGGGCCCAUCUGGCGCUCCAAGUUUGGCCAAUUUGACUUGGUCAAUGUGGCCAGUCCUGAGCUCAUUGCUCAGGUGAUCUAUCAGGAAGGACGCUACCCUGUGCGAGCAGAGUUGCCACACUGGAAGGAAUACAGGGACCUGAGGGGACAAGCCUACGGUCUGCAUGUAGACAAGGGGCAGGAGUGGUACAGGAUCCGAAGUGCUCUGAACCCAAAAAUGCUGAAGCUGCAGGAAGUGUCAGCCUACGCUCCCAUCAUCCACCAGGUGGUCGAAGAUCUGCUUAAACGCAUUGAGUUUCUGCGCGCUCGCAGUCCAGAUGGAGUUUCUGUUUCUGAUGUGACCGCUGAGCUCUACAAGUUUGGCUUUGAAGGUAUUUCCUACAUUUUGUUUGAGACCAGGCUGGGCUGCCUCCAGGAGGACCUUCCUAAAGACACGGAGCGCUUCAUCGCUGCCGUCAACGACAUGCUGACGCUCUCUGAGAUUGUUGUUAUCUUUCCACGCUGGACCCGUCGCAUCCUUCCUUUCUGGAAACGCUUUGUUCAGGCCUGGGACAACCUCUAUGACAUUGCGCAGAAGCUCAUCGACAGCAGAUUGGCUGACAUCCAAACCCAGACCGAGCGGGGUGAGCUGACAGAAGGCUUAUACCUGACCUACCUCCUGUCCUCCGACAAGAUAACCCGAUCUGAGAUCUACAUCAGUGUGACUGAGCUGCUGCUGGGCGGAGUUGACACGACCUCCAACACUCUGUCUUGGGCCUUGUACCACUUGGCGAGGGACCCGCGAGUGCAGGAUCGACUCUACAGGGAGAUAAAUGCCGUGUGUGCCGACAGACGUAAGCCCAGCGUGGACGACCUUCAAGCAAUGCCCUACUUGAAGGCUGUCAUCAAAGAGACGUUACGCUUGUAUCCUGUUGUUCCUGGCAACGGACGCUUUGUUACAGAAAAUGAGGUGGUGGUAGACAACUACUGGUUCCCAAAGAAGACUCAGUUCCACCUGUGCCACUACGUCGUUAGCCACGACCACACACAGUUCGCCCGUGCUGACGAGUUCAUGCCAGAGCGAUGGCUUCGCGCUGCUAGGGUGACGCCAGGCCCCUUCCGGCACCACCCAUACAGCUUCAUCCCCUUUGGUGUGGGCGUGCGAGGCUGCGUGGGUAAGAGAGUGGCCGAGAUGGAGAUGUACUUUGCUCUGUGCAGGCUGAUGCAGCACUUCGAGGUCCGGCCGAGGGGAGACGACUGUGCCACCAUCCAGGCCAAAACGCGAACGCUGCUCAUUCCUGCAAAGCCCAUCGACCUUCGUUUCCUGCAAAGAGCCUGAGGAAAUGAAACC